AUGUCACGUGCCCGUAGAGUCACCAGCCAAGCUUCGCGCUCGUUCGGCGCUGGCGCCGUUCAACUUUCUUUGGCAGAGAACGGUGACAGUAUGUCGGGGGUAGGCAUGAUAAAGUCUUGCCUAGACCGGCUUUUAGCGGAGAGCGCACGCCAUAAGGACUUGCGCGACGCGGUCGAGGCGGCUUUGGUACAGCUUGAAGAAGAGAAACAGGGUGGAGAAGACGUUGCUAAAACUAUAAGUGCUGAUAGGUACUGGAAUCCGUUCAAGAUCGCUUGUCAUAACACUCAGCCGGCCCGGACCCGCGAAGUUGCCUUGGACUGCCUGCAGAAACUUAUUGCCCACAACCUUUUGCGCGGAGCUUUACCUCUCACUGUAUCGAACACUCCAACUGCAGCCUCCUCCACAGCUCCAGGGACGCCAGGAGCACCUGCCAAUGAUCUUUCCCAGCUCGACACGUCUUCACCUGCAACGUCCCCCCAGCCCUUGGACGAAAAGGGUACAGAAGAACAGGACGAGGAGAAUGGUACUCAGCAGGUAGCGAAAACUGCCGUGCCGGUUUUUGCGCCGAGAAGUACGUCCCUUUUGCCAAGUACUCCUGCAGAGGCACCCAAUUAUCCACCGAUUCCCUUCCUCAUUGAUGAGAUUAUCCAUACUGUGUGUACAACAUUGGCAAUGCACACAGACGAAGCAGUGCAACUUCAGGUGCUCAAAGUGCUGUUGACAGCAGUCACAUCAACUGGCUGCGAAGUACACGAAGUGUCACUGCUGAAAGUGGUGCAGACGUGUUUCAAUAUCCACCUGCACUCGCGGACGCAAGUAAAUCAGAUGACCGCCAAAGCAUCGCUUACCCAGAUGAUCAACCUCAUCUUCUCCCGCAUGGAGCGCUACGCUGAGGUUCUUGCAAAAAGUUUGGAGACCGGAUCCAUGGGAGAGAUUGAAAAGCUGACUGGGUUGAGCGCAAUGGGCGCAGAGUCGUUGAACCAGUAUCGGACCAAUGUAAAAGCACGGGCUAUCAAUGGUACCAGUGACGCAGAGGAACCAACGGAUACUUCGAAAGAUCCCGAACCCGAUGGUGAAGUUGGGGAGAAAUCGUCGAAGGUUGAAUCCGAGAUCUUGGGCGUUGAAUCACAAGCUGAAAAUGAUCUGGAGAGCAAACUCCCGCAGAUAGAGGUGGGGUCAUUGGCUGUCGAACUACAAACUGCUGGUGAACUGGCGGACAAACCUUUGGACAAGGAUGCGGCCGAUCCCCCGGAUGGCUGUGAGCACGAAGAAAAUGAAAAUGUCCCGGAUGCUUCCGCUGCAGAUGUGGCAUCAACAGCGGGGGAUGCGGCGGCAGCGGUCGUGCAAGGUACCGAAACAGCUACGCCAGAUCAUGAGAAUGCCACAUCUAUUAGGGGAGCUGCUGCAGAUGAGGCUUCCGAUCAGUCGUCACUACAAUCUCAUAUGACCAUGGGUAGUAACCAGCAACAGCCUGAGCAGUCGAUCGAGGUUGGAUCCACUCUUACUCCUGCAAACCCAGUUACAGGUAACAACCCCUACGAUCCGACCAUUGCUUACUACAACGAACUUCUUCGAAAGGACGUGUUCCUUGUUUUUCGUCUUCUUUGUCGCCUGUCCCUUACGUCAGAUAGCUCUCAGAACACCAUGGCGACAUUCAGUGCAGCAAAUGUUAAGGAAGCAGCUUCCAUGCCAAUGGAUGAGCUUUCGCACCAGUCAACGAAAGCAAGGCAGCUGGCUCUGGAACUCAUCAUGUCCGUGAUGAAUAAUUGUGGGCCAGUGUUCCAGUCAGAUGAUUUGUACACGGGCCUGGUUCGCCAUAAUCUAUGUCUAUCAAUUUCCCGCAACGGAAUCACCACGAAUCCUACGUUGUUCGAAUUAAGUCUGUCCAUAUUCUUAAUGGUAACACGAUUUUAUCGCUCGAAGCUGAAAACUGAAAUCGAGGUGCUCCUCAACACCAUAUAUUUGCAUAUUUUGGAAAUGGGAAAUUCUACGUACAAUCAGAAACGCAUGGUUCUGCAAGGUUUACUCAAAAUAUGCGAAAAUCCUCAGACAUUGGCGGACAUGUAUCUCAAUUAUGACUGCGACAUUGCUAUGGUCUCAAUUUUUGAGCGCAUUGUCAAUGUAUGCAGUCGGGUUGCUCAAGGUCGCGACUCAAACGCACCGCCUGCUCCCACUGGAUUGAUGGGUUUGGCUGCCAGCGCAGCUGGUUUGGACACGAAGGAACAACUGCUCAAAGCUCAGGAACGGCGAUUGAAGCUACGAGGACUUUGUUGUCUUGUAGCUUUGGUGACUUCGCUAACGGAAUGGAGUAAAGAUGUGGCGCCAAAUCUCCCCCUCAGUACAACCAGAAGACGAAGAAGUGGAGAUUUGCCCAGGGUGUCCAUAGCAUCCAACCGCGAUGCGUCAGAGAACACUGCACGGAUGUCUGUCUCAGAUGACAGGCGUGAUAACAAAUCUUCACCUACUCAAAGAAAGAGUACCGACGGGACCAAGCCAGCCAGCGCCGGUUCAGACAACCCCACCAAAAGUUUUUUGGAUGCCCUUGCCCCCACCAAUCAGGUCAACCCAGUACUGGUGUAUAAGCAUCCGUUACAUUCGGUGUCGAUGGAUCAUCAGGUGCCAUACAUGUUUCCGAACAAUAGCACAACAUCUUUGCAAUCUGUUACCACUGUAACUCCAGAUGAGGACUCAUCGCAGAUCGAAACUGUUGCUUCACGGAAGCAGCUACUGAGGAAUGAUAUUCGUCAAUUCAACAUGAAGCCUAAGGCUGGCAUCAAGGCGCUUAUAGAAGAUGGCUUUGUUGAGGAAGACGCGGAAUCCGUUGCUCGCUUUCUUCGAACGACAGAUGGCUUGACGAAGGCCGCGAUUGGCGAAUAUCUUGGUGAAGGUCAUCCCUUCAAUAUCGAUGUGAUGCAUGUUUUCAUAGACAAUAUGGACUUCACAAAUAUCGACUUCGUUCCAGCCUUGAGAUCAUUCCUUCAAACAUUUCGCUUGCCUGGAGAGGCUCAAAAAAUUGAUCGAAUAAUGGAGAAGUUUGCCGAUCGUUACUAUGAAAACAACCCGGACGUUUUUGCAAAAGCCGACACCGCCUACACCUUGGCUUUCUCCGUUAUCAUGCUGAAUACAGAUCAGCACUCCGCUGAAAUAAAGCAUCGGAUGGAUAAGAACGCAUUCAUCAAAAACAACCGUGGUAUUAAUGACGAAGGGGACUUACCGGAGGAGUAUCUUGCUGCAAUUUUCGACGAGGUGUCCAAUAAUGAAAUUGUACUAGAAGAGGAACAGGCAGGGAAACUGGCACAAAUGGCCAUUGGAUGGGGUGCCGGGGAUCUCAACGAUAGGCAGAGAAUGGAACUCUAUAGGAAAGAGAUACAAAUGGUGCAGAAGAAAAGCCAGCAGCUCAUUCAAAAUGCGAACAGAACAGUCGCACCAUUCCGAACCGCAGUGAAUGCUGAUCUGGCGCGGCCCAUGUUUGGAAUGGCUUCUUGGCCUUUAAUGGCGGUUUUCAGUCUUGCCUUUGAGGCCGCCAACGACGAAGAGGAUGUCGAUGACGCAGCUGAAGGACCGCGCUCGCUGGAACCAAAGGCAGCAGACCUUUGCCUGGAGGGUUUUGCGGGAUCUAUACGGUUGGCUAGUAUUUUCAGGAUGGAGACCGAACGUGAUGCCUUUGUGACCUCAUUGUCGAAAUUGACUGGGCUAUCUCACAUUCAAGACAUCCGACCAAAAAAUAUCAAAGCCAUCAAGACGCUGAUUAUGAUUGCGAAUGUCCUUGGAGAGUAUCUUGAGUCCAGCUGGAUGCAAGUUCUAAAAGCAAUUUCCCAGCUGGAGCGUCUCCAGUUGAUUGCAAAUCGGGGUUCUUUCGAUAAUGCUACGCGACAGAGUGGAGACGCGGUACAUGCUGGUGAUGAAGCAACUGCUGCAGAUUUACCGUACGGCGGUUCAGCAGCCCCUGUACGACAAAGUGCAUACCGCACCAUUGAAGACUUGACUAGCAAUUCUAGGCCAAACCCCGCCGUAGAAAAGCUGAUCGCAGAGUUCCAUAAUCAAGCUACCGUAGUGGCGGUUGAUCGUAUCUUCACAAACACAUUAAAACUAUCCGCCACAGCCAUUAUUCACUUCUUCCGGUGCUUAUGCCAUGUCUCCAUGGAAGAGGUGGGACUCGAUCCAAGUGCGCCGGUGGGUGGAAUGCCGCAGGUUCUACAUUCCGGGGCGCCGCGCAUGUAUUUGCUGCAAAAAAUUGUCGAGAUUGCCUAUUACAACAUGCCUCGAAUUCGUUUCGAGUGGACGCAAAUCUGGCGGAUCCUUCAGCCGUACUUUAACACCGUUGCAUGUCAUCCCAACACUACAGUGUCCACCUUUGCGGUUGACUCUCUUCGGCAACUAAGUAUGAAGUUCCUUGAGCGAGAGGAACUGGGACACUACUCAGCGCAAAACGAAUUCUUAAAAAGUUUUGAAUGGAUCAUGAAGCACAAUGCCAACCCGGCAAUCAGGGAACUGAUCCUCAGCAGCAUGGCACAUAUGAUUGCUGCUCGUGCACGCAGCAUACGGAGUGGAUGGAGAAGCAUUUUCGUGGUCUUGGCCAAGGCAGCACAGUCGAGUUCAGGAGACGAGAAGAUGAUUAAGACAGCGUUUGGAAUUGUGCAGGUCGUGUUUCGGGAACAUUUCGAUGCUGUGAAUCAUGCUGGAGGAUUUGUCGAUUAUGUGGCUUGUUUGGCAGAGUUCGCGUUGUUGGAGGGUAGCGGGCAAACCUACGACGAGGUGGUGAUGGGCAGUAUUCAGCUUCUGCAGUCUUGUGCAAACUAUCUUGUGAAACAUGGCAGCGAGACGCUUGAGGGAAAGCCGAGGCGGAGCUCUCAGGGGGAACUAGAUGGACAGAAGCCCGUUCCGCCAGCGGUACUCCUUAACGGGACAGCACUCUCGGUCCCGCCAACUCCGACCAGUACGCAUCCACCUCGUGCCCCAUCCCAGCCUUAUCUCCAAGCAAACGGAAUGGUGAGCGAGGAGCACUUCUUCCUGAAAUGGUUCCCUAUACUGUCUGCCUUCUCCCGUGUUGUGAUUGACUCAGAAAGUGUUACCGUGCGCACCCGGACCAUAGAUGCAUUGUUCGAUACCUUAAAGUCCGCUGGCCAAAGGUUUGAUGUAAAGUACUGGAAAAACAUACAGCGGAGCGUUAUUCUGCCCAUUUUUGCUGAUUUGGGUGAGCGCACCGACUCAGUUUCUCAAGAGCAGUAUCGGCCACGAGGAAAAGAGGCAGACACCGCGAUAUGGGUGCACGGCUUGCGACUUUAUGCGGAUUUGACUACAUCUUUUUUUGAGAAGCUGGCAACCGCGGGCCAUGCCGAGCUGAUGAAAGGCGUUUUGGACCUUUUAAUCGGCAUGUUACAGCGGCGAGACGAAAAGCUGGCGACGACAGGUGGUAUCUGCCUGCACGGGUUUGUGCGAGACAAUCUGGGUAGAAUUGGCAAGUGCGGGUCUUGGGGGGUGAUAACGGAUGGAGUGGAGAAAGCCUUUGCGACAACGUUACCGGCGGAACUACUAUGCUGCGAUUACGGAAAAGUUUCAUCGAAACCGCUGGACGCGAAUUCUAACAGGACAGAAUCAGUAGGAUCAGAGGUUGUAAGCGCAGGUUAUACAGCUGCGCGAGCAGUAGGAACCGAAGUUACGCUGGAUACGCUUGAUUUUGAGCACACGUUAGUGAAAUGUGUCACGCAUCUGGAGCUCGUUCAAGCAUUGCGAGAUAUCGCAUUCACCAAGUUAGUCGGGAGCGGUCGAAGAGGGAGCGAAGCCAAGGUGUACGUUGACAAAACCCAAAGCGGUCGCAAUUCCAUAGUCGCAGAUAUGACUGCCACGGAGAGACCAGUAGAUAAGAGCGACCCUGGAAGCACUCCUGUACCUCCAGUUGUACCGGAGCAAAAGCAAGUUCUGGCCAUCAAUAUCAUCCCUCCAGAAUUCCGCCACCGCUGGCUUAAAUGCUUGUACGACAGUUACGCGGUUGCGCGAGCGUUCAAUGAGGAGAAUGACUUGCGUUAUGCCAUAUAUCGACGGGGCCUGGUACCUCAGCUCCCACAUUUGGUCAAGCAAGAGACUUUGAGUUUCGCAACAUAUUUGCGGAUGCUGUUUGCCGUCUACCGUGCACAAUCGUCCAGUACACCCUUUCCGAGGGAGCCUAAGAGUCCCUCGACUGAAACGAUAUCAAUGGAGACAGCUGGGCAGGGCGACGCUAGUGUUCUACCAGAACUUGUCAAGCACACACUUGACGUCCUAGGGCGGUACGUCGAAUGUCUGAAUGACCAGCAACGCAAUCAAUUGCACAUUGGAUUAUGGAGUCCAGUGGUUGCGAUGGUUUUCAAGGAACUUUUGGGAAUGGAAGGGCUGUGGACCGCACAAGCAGCAAAUGGUGAACCGAGCGGAAAAUGCGCGGAAGCCAGGGAGCAUUCCGAUGGCAGUGUACAUGAAUUGGGUACUGCAGCACAUAACGGCAUAUCAAAUGGGCCACAGCACCAUGUUGAACUGAAACAACAUGUGCCACGGUACUUCAAGUUUGCUGUUAAGAUGAUGGGUGUUGAUCGCCCAGAGGUCCGAACUGCUUUGCAGGAAUUCAUGGAAAGAGUGGGGGAUGAAUAUAUACGAUAGUAGGGGGGGAUGGCUUUAUUUGUACGUAUAUCAAUUAUAUUUUUUGC